UGUACGCAGGAGCGGCCCAGUCGGAGCUGCAUUGUGCCGACCGUCCUUCUCUAACGCCGCUGCAUCGGGAACGCGUUUCUGGGCGAAACACCGCGCGAAUUAGAGCAACGAUGGCGGAGAAGCCUGAAGCAACAGCAAAUGGUAGCCACGGCGCGGAUGAGGCAGAUCUGGCAAAGGCGUUUCAGGAGCUAGCCAAAGGCGAGAGGACAGCGACCGCACUCGAGAAUCAGCUCAGCGCGAUGGAGGCGAAAAUCGAAGCGCUCCUUGAGCAGGCGGAGCAAAAUCAACGAGCGGUCGAGCAGGCGAAAACGCAGCAGGACUCAGAUACGAAAGACCCGCCAGCAUCAUCUUCAGCAUGAAGCACCAGCAGGCAAGGCAUGGGCUGGCAUCAGAAGCAUGAACACUCCAGGCCUAGGGCAUGACACUGAAUACUGGACGAGAGAG